CUGCAUUUGAAGGCAGCACCAUGGUUUAGAGCAGCAGGAGCACGGAGUCACAGUCAGUGUGGCCACCGAGAAUGUGUGGCUUUAAACGCACUCUAUUUUCAGGACUGGAACUCUAGCUGAGUUGGUCGGAGGAGACCUUCUUCCCGUGACUGUACUUCAGUAACCUGAACCUGAACGCUUACUUAAUUUUAAGUCGAAACAAGUUUUUUUUUUUUUUUUUUUCCCCCUCCGAGUAGCGGCGUUCUCGGACCGCAGUACAUGGUCAACGGACAGCCGUUGGUGGCUCACCGCCGCGGGGCUACAUGCUAGAAGGAACCCGCCGGAGCACCGUUUCGGUCUCCCUUUCCUCUGUGUGCGUACGUUCCCACUUUGUUCUUCGGGCCAGGUUUAGAAAUGGUUUAAAAAAAGUGUCACCUAUAUGUUUUCAAGGUGUGAAACGAUCUGGUAAAUGUGCGUCAGCAACGGCGAUGGAGUGAAAUCUGCGGCGGGCGCGAACAACACAACGACCUGCCGUGGUUUCCCUGAGCUGCGUGUAAACAAAUAGAUGAUAGAGGAUACGAUGACCCUGCUAUCUCUUUUGGGUAGGAUCAUGCGUUAUUUUCUGCUGAGACCGGAGACCUUGUUCCUGCUGUGCAUCAGCCUGGCUCUGUGGAGUUACUUCUUCCACACGGACGAGGUGAAGACCAUCGUCAAGUCCAGCCGGGAUGCGGUCAAGAUGGUCAAGGGGAAAGUGGCGGAGAUGAUGCAGAACGAGCGCUUCGGCGGGCUGGACGUCCUGGACGCAGAGUUCGCCAAGACCUGGGAGUUCAAGAGCAAUAAUGUUGCCGUGUACUCCAUCCAAGGCCGGCGGGAUCACAUGGAGGACAGGUUCCAGGUGGUCACCGACAUCGUGAACAAGAGCCACCCCUCCAUAUUCGGGGUUUUUGAUGGCCACGGAGGAGAGGCUGCUGCUGAGUUUGCUAAGACCCACCUAGCAGAGGCUCUGCGUCAGCAGCUACUGACCUACGAACGAGAGAGAGACCGAGACCGAGAAAAAGACAGAGACGAAAAAAAGGAGAGGGGAGGCCUCUCCUAUCCAUCCAUCCUGGAGCAGCAGAUACUGACGUUAGACAGAGAAAUGCUGGACAAACUCUCUGCCAACUACAAUGAAGCAGGCACUACAUGUCUGGUGGCUCUGCUGUCUGAUAAGGAGUUGAUAGUGGCCAAUGUCGGUGACUCGCGGGGAGUUCUGUGCGAUAAAGACGGCAACGCCAUUCCUCUGUCACACGACCACAAACCUUACCAGCUCAAGGAACGCAAGAGAAUCAAGAAGGCUGGCGGCUUCAUCAGUUUCAACGGUUCGUGGCGCGUCCAGGGCAUCCUUGCCAUGUCUCGAUCUCUGGGCGACUAUCCACUAAAAAACCUUAACGUGAUCGUCCCCGAUCCCGACAUCAUGUCCUUUGACCUGAACAAGCUGCAGCCCGAGUUUAUGAUCCUGGCGUCGGACGGCCUGUGGGACACCUUCAGCAACGAGGAGGCGGUCCGCUUCAUCAGGGAGCGGCUGGACGAGCCGCACUUUGGAGCCAAGAGCAUCGUCCUCCAGUCCUUCUACCGUGGUUGCCCUGACAACAUCACCGUCAUGGUGGUCAAGUUUAAAGGCAAGACCAGUGAAAAGAAGUAAGAAAUUAAUGAAUAGCGAGAACUGAUCACUACAGAUAUUUCCAGCACUUUGCUCUUCAAGCCUCACAUCAGCCUCUCCUAUUAUUAUUUAAUUAAAAACAAGUUGAAUUAAGGCUUGGCUUUACCUAUUAGAUAUUAAUGUGAGCAGGGUGGCUGUUAUGCAAAUACGUUUAUAAGCUCUGGAUCUUUAAUCUUGAGUUUGAGUUGUUUUGAAGGAUUUUUAGCAAAAAAUGCCUUUAGAUUUUUCUUUAUAUUAAAAAUACAAAAGUCUCACUUGUAGUCGUGCUUUUUAAGACGGAUUUUAAAAAGUAUUGAUUGACUGGGUGUCAUUUUACUUUUCAUAUUACAUUUAAUAAGCUCAACCUAUCUUUUUUCUGUUUAAUGUGAUACUUCAACAUGGUGACUUUUUUCUUUUUGUCAAAUGCACAUCACAUGAAUUAUUUCAGUAAUUCUUAAAUGCUUUUUCAUAAACACAGAUGCUAAUUUUGCCUAUGCUACUUAUAUAACCCCUUAACUUGUACAGCAGUAGAACUGACUACAUUUUUAUAUCACGUUUAUUGUAUGUGGUGUAAGAAUGGACGCCUUUUUGAGUUGAGUUGCAUUGUGUUUUUUUUUUUUUUUUUAUGUGUUCAGUUUUUUGCGACUGAUUUACGUUCUGGUGAAUUUUCUUGCUUGAAACUUUUACGUCUGUUAUCGAUCAGCUCUGCUGUUUCAGUACAUCUCAGAUCUGUGUGACCAACGAUGUGCCGCUUCAUGGCGGUCUCCGAGUUAGUUAUCCUUUACACACAGUGGAUUGUUAAAGUAGUACGUCUCAUUACUGCUGACUGCUGAUUAUUUGUUCAUAGGAUUUCACUUGUUUUCUGGUACACAAAAAACAAAUAAAAGCAGAUAUGAUAUAUACAACUUUGA